CAAAACGACAUGUAACGCAGUUGAGCUAGCAACAAGGAAUGGAAUAAAAUUGUGGUGAAUAUCUCUAGUGAUGGUACAGAAGCUAUAGGUAAGAACGCGCGGAAAUUUGUAAAUUUUUGUGGACUCGUAGUGAGAAGCAAUGUGAAGUUGAGCAUUGAGACAUGGAGUAAAGUGGACGGAGCUCAGGUUGAUAAAUUAUUUAAAUGGGUGGAGGUAAAAUUAUGACUUAUUAUUUUCAUUUAUAUGUUUACAAACUAUCGAUGCUACAUUAAUUGUUGGUUUUUAUUUGUAGGAGAAAUUCACUAAUAGCAAUAAACAAGCUCUUAGAGAUCUUAUGUGGAUCAAAAUGAGCUCAGCACAUUCGAGUUGGCAAUAUCGUGAGCACAAGGACUUCCUUGCUCUUGAUGAUAACCAAAGGGGUGUCUAUGUUCCUGAAGGUGUUGAUGCUGAGGACUGGGCACAAGCUGUUCAAUAUUGGAUUUCUGAUGACUUCAAAGAAAUGAGUAAGAGGAAUAAGCAGAAUAGAGAAAAGGUGGAAGGGAAAAAUACUUGUGGUUCAAGAACAUACGGAGAAGUAGCAGACAAUACGAGAGAUCCGUUAACUGGAAACAAAAAGUCUCACGAUGAGAUCUAUUACGCUCUACAUACCAAGAAGAACAAACAAGGAGAUAUAUUAUGGCCUGAUCCUAGAUCUAAAGCAAUCUAUUUAAAAAGAAAAGAGUUGGUUGAUGCGGGAUCGAAAUUGACCUGCAAAGAGAUGGUUCGUGUAGCUUCGGGAAAGCCUCCUCCUUCUCGAAGAGGGGCAAAAAAUAAAUUAAUAUUGAGGGCAGAGAUAGAAGCAGAGGUACAACAACAAUACAAUGUCAAAUUAGCAGAAGAAAAGAAGAAAUUUGAAGAUCGUAUAGCCCGCCUACAAGCAAAGUACGAAGAAGAGGCUAGAGAAAUGCACCAUGAAUGACUAGAAAAUUUUGUUGUUGGUCUAGACAAAACUUAUUAUAGUAUUUUGUCCUACUAUGUUUAGUUUAUAUCAUUAAUUUUUUUUUUUUUGAAGAGUGUUCUCUAUUAUGAGUUCAAUGUGUUUCAUUUAAUAUUUUAGCUAAAUAUUUUUUUAUUAUUAACAAAAUCUCAUAACAACAAAUCAUACGUGACAAAUUAUAUUUUCACAAAAACACUACGAUUGUGGCAAGACCUAGUCACAAAAGGGACCCAAUUGUCAUGAGUGUAGUUGUCAUGGUUGAUAUACAUUUGUGAUAAUGCUUCAUGUCACCAUUGAGGUUACUGUGGGUGUAUUUAUUGUCACCAAAGAAGAUAAAAUGUGACAAUAUUG